GCUGCUUGCCUGCCCUCCUCGCUGCCUGCAGAGCUGCCGGCCACCAGUGCCGGUAUGGCCAGGAGCAAAGCCACCCUCUGCACAUGGCUAGGCUGCCCCGGGCUGCUGGGCUGUUUCUUGCUGGGCUUUCUUGCAGGAUGGUUUACAAAACCGACAGAAAAAAACCCCAACCCUUCAGAUGUCUAUCAAAAUGUGAGACACAAACUUGUGGCUGAAAUGAAAGCAGAAAACAUCAGGCAAUUCCUUCGCUCAUUUACCAAGUUGCCUCACCUCGCAGGAACUGAACAGAAUCUUCUUCUUGCCAAACAAAUUCAAGGCCAGUGGAAGGAAUUUGGACUGGAUUCAGCAGAACUUGUUCAUUAUGAUGUGCUGCUUUCGUACCCAAAUGAAAAGCAGCCAAACUACAUCUCAGUAAUUGAUGAUCAGGGGAAUGAGAUUUUCAAUACAUCAUUGUUUGAACCACGUCCACAGGGGUACGAAAAUGUUACUGGUAUCCUGCCACCAUAUAAUGCUUUUUCAGCACAAGGAGUGCCAGAGGCAGAUGUCGUAUAUGUGAAUUACGGCCGCACUGAAGAUUAUUUUAAACUGGAGCGUGAACUGGGAAUAAACUGUACAGGAAAGAUUGUCAUUGCCAGAUAUGGGAAGAUCUUCAGAGGAAACAAAGUUAAAAAUGCCAUAUUAGCAGGAGCCCAAGGGAUCAUACUUUAUUCAGACCCUGCUGACUACUGUGCCCCGGGAGUAGGUGUUUACCCAGAUGGCUGGAACCUUCCAGGCGGAGGAGCCCAGCGUGGGAAUGUGUUAAACCUGAAUGGAGCUGGGGAUCCUCUAACACCAGGUUAUCCUGCAAAAGAGUACACUUUCAGGUAUAAAGUUAAUGAAGGUGUAGGGAUUCCCAAAAUCCCAGUUCAUCCCAUUGGAUAUCAUGAUGCAGAAGUAUUAUUACGUGCAAUGGGAGGACCUGCAGCUCCAGACACCAGCUGGAAGGGAACUCUCAAUGUGUCUUACAACAUAGGGCCAGGAUUUGCAGACAACUCUUCUACAAGGAAAGUCAGAAUGCACGUUCAUACAAACAAUAAAAUAACACGAAUUUACAAUGUCAUUGGCAUCCUCAGAGGAGCUGUGGAACCAGACAGAUAUAUUAUUUUAGGAGGUCAUAGAGAUUCUUGGGUAUUUGGUGGUAUUGAUCCAACUACGGGUGCAGCUGUUCUGCAAGAGGUUGUACGGAGUUUUGGUAAAAUGAAGAUGGAAGGUUGGAGACCUAAGCGAACUAUUAUUUUUGCUAGCUGGGAUGCAGAAGAAUUUGGAUUGUUGGGUUCCACAGAAUGGGCUGAGGAAAAUGCCAGAGUCCUCCAGGAACGGGCAGUUGCUUACAUCAACACAGAUUCUUCUAUAGAAGGCAACUACACAUUAAGAGUUGACUGCACCCCUCUUCUCUACAAACUGGUGUAUAAUCUGACAAAAGAGAUUUUAAGCCCUGAUGAGGGUUAUGAAAAUAAGUCUCUUUAUGAGAGUUGGCUUGAGAAAGAUCCUGCAACUGAAAAUAAUAGCUAUCCCAGAAUAAACAAACUGGGAUCAGGCAGUGAUUUUGAAGCUUACUUUCAGCGACUGGGUAUUGCAUCAGGCAGAGUCCGUUAUACCAAGAAUAGGAAAGCAGACAAAUUCAGCAAUUAUCCUGUUUAUCACACUGUGUACGAGACCUUUGAGUUAGUGGAAAAAUUUUAUGACCCCACCUUCAAGAAACAGCUGACAAUUGCCCAGUUACGAGGCAAGCUGGUUUAUGAACUUGCAGAUUCCCAGGUCAUUCCAUUUGACUGUAGAGAUUAUGGAGAAGCCUUAAAAGGAUAUAGCAACAGAAUUUAUAAAUUGGCCAAGAAACAUGAAGAGCAGCUGAAAACUUACAAAAUAUCAUUUGAUCCUCUUUUUUCUGCUGUGGUGGACUUCUCAAAGGCUGCUGCUGAAUUUCACAAGAGACUUGAACAAGUGGACAAGAAAGAUCCAGUUGCAGUGCGAAUCAUGAAUGAUCAGCUGAUGUUUAUAGAAAGAGCUUUCACUGAUCCUCUUGGCUUACCAGGAAGGAAGUUUUACAGACAUGUCAUCUUUGCUCCAAGCAGUCACAACAAGUAUGCUGGAGAGUCCUUCCCAGGGAUCUAUGAUGCCAUGUUUGAUAUUGAAAACAAAGCAGAUCAGCGUGAAGCCUGGGAAGAAGUCAAGAGGCAGAUUUCCAUUGCAGCCUUCACGGUGCAGGCUGCAGCAGGGACACUGAAGGAAGUAGCGUAGGAUGAUGGCUUCGAAAGGUCAAAUAGCAAAGUCUGAAAUGCACUGUAGUGAGACUCCUGCAGCGACCCAGUCUCUCCUGACUGCCUACCUAUAUGAGUGUCCAACCUUCUGAAUGCAUGCAAGUGUACUGGUAGGGUGAGCAGGAGCUCUGUGUAUCAAAGAACUCCUGAGCUAGAAAUUACUGCUUCUCUGAUACUGACAAAACUGUAGCUUUAAGAACAACCCUAGAUGGAAGCAAAUUUGGGGGUAGAGAGAAGGAAGAAUCAGUUCCCAAUCAGAGUUUUCUGAAAGAUCUGCCAAUUUUGAGGACCUGUUAUUUUGGAUGUGGAAUUACAAACCCAGUCAUUUGCCAAGAUACCUGUAAAUCUUGGCCGUAGCAGCGAUCACCAGCACACAUUGCAAGAAAAAAAAAAAACACCCCUCACCAUGUGCUUUUUUCUUGUUCUGAUAAUUACUUUUAUAAUAUAAGACACCAAAGGCAUCUGUAUAUUAGAAUCUAUUCUGCAGGACUGGUGAGUGCUCAUUAUGCUGAUUUGCUUUCUUUUCUAGAAAAAAUAAAACACUGGCCCUCCUGCCGAUUGCUACCUUCCGAGCCAUUCUUGAUAAUCAGAGAAAACAGCCGCUUAGGUGCAGAAAUCCAAAAGCAUUUUCUCAGGGAGUGAGUGUCCAUCUCUCUGACAGAAACUGUGCAUCUCCCUCCUGUAUUUGCACUUUGGAAUAUGGAGAUUGUGAUGGAUAACCAAAAGCUGACCCGCUCCUUUUGGCACUUUCACUAGUCCCAAACCCACGGCAGCUUUUGUUCCUAUUUUUUCCUGAGAGAUCUCUUUCAUGCAGUUGUCUUCUUCCAGCUGAGGGAGAUGAAGGACGUUGUCACUGUUGGCAUGGGGCUUGAAGUUACUCUGUCGUCACAUAAGGCAUGAAGAAAGUUUCCCAUCAGGAGCUGCAUUUAUAUUCAAAGAGAAACUGAAAUGCAUGAAAAGGGUGAUUGCACAGAGCUGUUUAAUUUGUAAAAAAAUUGAUUCUUGCUUCAUUUGCCCUUUAAAUGUACUUCUCAUCUACAUGCUUUACAUCUAAUAAAACUGAUAGAAUUUUAUUAAA